AUGUCCGACGGAGCUGCAGAGACCGAGAGCAUCAGUCUCAAUCAUGCCAGAGAACAAACUCUCGAGGCCGACUCGUGGAGCGAUAAUGAUUCAGCACUCGGUGAUGAUACUCAAAGUACAACUACCUCAUUGAGUGAAUCAAUAUACAGUUAUCGCCAGGAACAUGGUCGCACAUAUCACGCCUACAAGGAUGGACAAUAUGUCUUCCCAAAUGACGAACGUGAACAAGAUCGAUUGGAUCUGCAGCAUCACAUGUGCAAUUUGACGUAUAGAAGACUACAUCUGGCACCUCUCAGGAGCCCGAGGCACGCACUCGACAUCGGUACUGGAACCGGAAUCUGGGCCAUGGACUUUGCGGACCAAUACCCAAACUGUGAAGUGACUGGCAUCGAUCUCAGCCCUGGACAGCCUUCCUUCGUGCCACCCAACCUAAAAUACAUCAUAGAUGACGCCGAAGAGCUUUGGGUCUACGAUCAUAGAUUCGAUUACGUCCACUGUAGAUUAAUGGCCGGCUGUUUCGCAGACCCAGAAAAGCUCAUACAGCAAGCAUUCGACAAUCUAGAACCUGGUGGCUACCUCGAGUUUCAAGAUUAUGGACUACCCUGCAGAAGUGUUGACGACACGCUUGAUGGCACUUCACUAGAGAAAUGGGGAAUCCUGAUGUGCGAAGCUGCGCGUAAGCUUGGCCGUCCCAUGGGCACCGAAGUGUCUGAAAAGUAUCGAGGAUGGAUGGAAGCGGUUGGUUUCGUGGAGAUUGAGGAGCAACACUUUAUGUGGCCUUCAAAUCCAUGGCCAAAGGACAAGUACAUGAAGGAACUGGGCAAUUGGAACAUGAUCAACAUUCUGGAAGGCCUCGAGGGAUUCUGUCUAGCGCUGAUGACCAGGGGUCUCGGCUGGAAAAAAGAAGAAGUCGACGUGUUCGUCGCCAAAGUCUCAUCUGACGUCAAAAACAGAGGCAUACACGCCUAUUACCCGAUGCCGGUCGUCUGGGGAAGAAAGCCUCUGACAGCAAACUGA